CCUGCACUCGAUGCGUGGCCAAGACCAAUGUCCCCGCGCACCUCUACUUCAGCGUCAAACCCAACGGAACGUAUUAUAACUAUUGCGACGAUUGCACCGAGAAGAACAGAGUGAAGCUUGUCAGAAACCGCCAAAAGUGCCUCGAGAAGGUUGUCGAGGACCCUACCAUUGAGAAAAAGGCGCCCGACACGAUGCUCGUCGAAUGGCCAAUCCAGAGACCAGAGAGAAGCGACUGGCACUGAACCGCGAGAACCGAUACGACAUCGACUACAGGGAGCGUCGAAUGGCAGAAGACCCAGAGGGAUUCCGCCGUCACCUGGCAGAUGUCCACAACGAGUGGUCUCGCAACAACAGAGACCACCUCAGACACUACCAUCGCACCCACUUCAACACCUUCAUUGGCGAGCGCAAGCGUCAGGCCCAGACCAAGCGCAUUCCCUGGAAUCUCACUGACGACCAGGCUCUGGUUAUGUGCACAUCUCCCUGCGUCUAUUGCGGAUUCCUCGAUGGCGAUGGAAUCCUCAAUGGCAUCGAUCGUCUGAACAACAACGGGGCGUACGACAUGAGCAACACCGUCUCCUGCUGUGUAAAGUGUAACUAUAUGAAAAUGGCCCUCGAUCCCGUCACCUUUAUCCGCCGUUGUGCCCACCUCGUGUAUACCUAUGGUGGUCCUGGCGAGUUUGCUGGCGACGAUGCCUGGAAAAAGUAUUCGGGAGUGUCCUUUGCUGCCUACAAGGCCCGGGCCGAGAAGAAGGGUCUUACCUUUGAGCUGCAGGAGCACGAGUUCAAGGCGCUCUGCCAGGGCAAGUGUGCGUAUUGCGGCAAGACCAGCAGUCACGGACACCGCAACGGCGUCGACAGGAAGGACAACGAGCAGGGAUAUGUGCGCGGGAAUGUAUUGACCUGCUGCGGGGACUGCAACUACUUGAAGUGCGACUUGACCAUGCAAGAGUUCUUUGAUCAGCUGAACGCAGUCAACAAGCUCCGACUGGAGCGGGGAAUCGAUCGCCGCUUUUACAGGACCCCCAAGCAGACGAACCCCAUCGCCAAGCGGGAGACAGCGUGGUGAAUCGGGGCUGACCCGGGUCCUGCGCAAAAAGAAGUAAAGGAAAAAUCACUAGAGGAGGGUAGAGCCCACCGUCUCUCUCCUAAUCUGAGCCGACACGAUGAUCUCGACCGACGCUCAGCCCCUCCUCAGAUCCUGCUCCCAAUGCCGUGCCAAGACCAAUGUCCCUGCGCACCUCUACUUCAGCCGCAAGGCCG